GGCAACAUAUGAGGAAGAGGAUAGGGGCAACAGCAGUGGUGGUAGUAGUAGUGAUAGUAUAGUUGUCGUGGGGCGAGACGUAGUCCAGUGGUAAAGUGGCUGCCUGAUGCGCGGUCGAUCUAGGAUCGAUCCCGUCGAUGAGCCCAUUGGCCUAUUUGUCCUUCCAGCCAGUACACCACGAGCAGUAUAUCGAAGGCCCUGGUUACAACUCGUCAUCAUGCAGAUGUUCUUUGUUGUUGGUCUGUUCUGCCUUAUUCUUGUCAUAGCAUUGGCGGACGACAGUAGAGAAAGACAUAGGCCUCUGUGCUUGCCCCGGGGACACAGAUGCGGCAGAAAUAACUUCGUUCGGUGUUGUGGCCGUUUCGUCUGCAAGCGACGGGAAUACGGCAAUGGAAGGACCUGUCAAAGGAGACAUGGAAAUGGUGGAUGUUCAGAGAGGGGAGAUCGAUGCAAGAGGAAUCAUGAGUGCUGUAGCAGGCGUUGCAGACCAAGACGUGGAAAUUCCAACAGAAAAACAUGUCGUUAAUUACUGACUUGGGAUUGCCUCCCCUGCAACUAACUCUUCAGUUCUGUUGAACCAAAAUGUUAUACAGUAUUCGCGAUUACUGAUCUUCAUUGAUAAAGCAUUCUUUGAAAAUACGUUUGUCAUAUAUUAUCUUAACAUUUGCAAUGCUGUAUUGAUAAAAGGGGCGGGGCAUAGUCCAGUGGCAAAACACUCGCCUGGUGCGCAGUCGAUCUAGGAUCGCUUCCCCAUCAGCGGGCACACUGGGCCAUUCUCGUUCCGAACAGUGCACUACGACUGGUAUACGAAAAGCCGUUGUGGGUGUUAUCAUGUCUGUGGGAUAGUGAAUACAAAGGCUCCCUUACUUUUA